AUGUCGGAUCCCUCUCCCCGCGCCGUCCGCUUUUCUGGAGGCGAAGACGAGCUGCAGCAGGAGAGGCCCAAGGGACGAAGGCCUUCAAUGGUCGUCGACGUCGAUGGCGAGAACUCGUCGCCCGGUUCUGAUGAGGACCCCAACACCGUAGAGGGCCAGGACGAACUCGGUGACCUGACGAGAUAUAACGACACUUCUACGCACGCCGGUACUCAUUCAUCAAUACCAGCCGGCACUGUGAUCAAUGGCGUCGCCUCAAAACAACAGUGGAAUAAUGUGGGCGAUGAUGGCGCUGCCUAUGCCAACGGCGGGCGGCCGCAGCGACCGCUCGCUCCAGCCAGAACCCCGUCCAGCACGUACAACCCUGCGACAUCUCGAAAACCGAGGCCGUCACAGCAGACCCAGCCGUUUGUGGAAUCGAUGCGGUCGUCAUCCAAAACUCGAGUACGGCAGAGCGAGAGCAGAUUCCGAGCCCAGGAGCGAGCCUAUGUCCAAAAGUUACGGCACGAUGCCUCUGGAGAAUAUUUUGCGUCGUACCAGGGAAUGAACGGAAACGACUCCGACUCUGAGGGAGAAACCCCGUCUUCGGAAGGGCCAUUUGAGGACCGGUUGGAUCAGGAGACCAUCAUGUUUUACGGCAACGACAACCUGCUGCCGACCGAGGAAGACAUGAAGGAUCCGGACAGCAGGGAGAGGCUUGAGUGGUACGGCAUGCUGGAGGCGGUUUUGACGGGUGAUGUCGUUCGCCAGGAAAAGAAGAGACUCAUCGGUGCUUCGGAUCAACAGGCGAGUAAAACAGCCCACAAGUCGGAGCUGUGGCUUGGUGUUAGGGCCAAAUCCUGCGGCAGACAGCUUCCUGUUCAGAAGCGUAUGGUUGAGGAGGCUCGAGGCACGGUUGAUCGGCUCUUGGACGACAUUAUCAACUUUGAGGUCAAGGGAGAAAGCGAGGCAGGCAAACCGCCAUACGAACAGGUCAAGGAUGUCGUGAGGAAGAUUGAAAAGUGCGAGAGUCUCUAUCCCUCGUGGCAGUCACUCGCAGCGGAACACAAAACGGCCGCCUCUCCUCAGUUCCACGAGGCCAACGACGCCAUCUUCUCCUGGUACAACACGAACAAGAUGAUCAAUACGGAAUUGUCGAUUUUGAAGAAGUGGGUAGGAAACGAAGAACUAGACUUUUCUCGUACCAAGCAAAGAUCGCCUGCCGUGGAUGGCAUCACUACUGAUGAGACGUCCUUCUUGGACAGACUGAUGAAGGAGGAUGGUUUGCAGUCACUGUACGACGACGACGAACGGACCCCUCAAAAAGGCAUGCUAUGGCCCAUUUCUUCCAUCAUCAGCAAAGCCAAAGAAACCCUCAUCCACAACUCAGCGCCGUUUCAAAAGCGCCACUUGCCGCCAUAUCUGGAGGAACUGUUGACACUCAUCAGCUUCCCGUCUCGGCUAAUUGAAGAAAUCACAAAGACGCGUCUCGAAUACGCUAAGAGAGUUAAAGAGGCUGCUCAGCAGAAUCCAAUGAUGCAAGAACAAAUGAUUUCGCAGUUUCAGCUUCUCCUUAAGUUUGCUAUUAGAAUCAAGCAGGAGUAUCUUUCUAUUGAGAGCCCUGAGCCCGGCUGGGACCUGCCGCCAUGCAUCGACGAGUCGUUUGACCAGGUUGUGCUGGAAGCACUAAAAUACUAUUUCAAGAUGUUGAACUGGAAGCUGAGUGGGAACAAGAAUACAUUCAAAGAAGCCGAGUUGCUGUUUCAGGAGUGGGAUUUUGCCAACUAUAUUGGCAGCCACUUGCAAGGCGGCCACAUCGAAGUAGCGGAGCAAUUCAGCUCCCUCACGUUCAAAGCCUUGAACCGAUUGAGUCAAACGUUUGAAAAAGAGCUACAGGUAAAGCCAAAGGAAAGCGCCACCGAGAUGAGCAAGAGAUACAAAGCCUGUUUAGACUCCGUUCGUAUUCGUCAACGCAUGCUGCAACGAUUUUCGAGAAUGCUGAGCGACAAUUACGAGCAUGUUUCCGAUUUCAGCAUUUCCUUCCCGCCGGAGACGAUGCAAAAGUUUUAUGAUCAGCUGGUAGCGUCUGGGCACUUUUUGUUGGAAACUGGUGUGUUUGAAAAGCAAGGCACCUAUGUUAUUGCUUCCCCGGAGCUUCAUGGCAAGCUGGACGAUAUGCAGGCCAUGAUGGCUGUGACCUCGAUAGAUCGAUUCCCGGAGUUGAGCGAGCAAUAUCUGUUCAUCUUGCGACCGGAAGAUAGCUUCCACUGGUUUGGUGAAAAGGCCACGGUGCCUCUGCGCGAGCAAAAUAUUGAUUUGAAGCGUGGACAAGCUCGAUUGUGUGCGACUGGAUCCCAGACGUUGCCCGAUGCAAGAAGAGCAUUCCUUGACGCUGUGGAUAUGCACGUGGAUCUACUUCAGGAGUCUAGAUCCAACAUUCACAAAGUCAACACGCGGCUUAUGGAGAUUCGGCGGGUAGCGUACAAGCUAUCCAACACGUUCAUGGACAGCGUGGAGGUGAUCCGCAAACAAACGGAGGGAAAGGACUGCCAAGAACUGAUUCAGACUUGUUUUGUCUUUGCCACCGAAUUCGGUCAACGGUCGCUGCUUUACAUGGACAGCAAUAGGCGGCAGAUGAAUAAUUUGAAGCUCACCAAGCUAGCUCUUGAUUGGGUGAGCUUCAUCUGCGACGACUGCGUUGCUUCGGACAGAAAGACGUUUAGAUGGGCAGUGUUGGCGCUUGAAUUUGCCAUGGGCAUGACCAGAGGACGACAUAUCCUGGCUCUUGGCGACGACGAAUAUGAGAAGCUCAGAACAAAGGUUGGAGGCUGCAUGUCACUCUUGAUUUCGCACUUUGAUAUCAUGGGCGCCAGAUCCAACCUGGCGGCACAAGCAGAAAAGGAACGCAUGGAGGCACUGGUGGGGCAGUUUAGGAAGCUGGACAAGAACAGAAUGCUGGAUGAUGAUGAGGCGUCGCGCUGCAUCACAGAGCAGCGUUUGAUUCGAUUAGACGUUGUGGACGGGUUCAGACGUGAGAAGGAGGGAGAAAGACGGGCUCUCGGGCGCGUGCUAGAGGCCAACAAUGAAGCGGACCGGUCGCUUGCGUACCUGUCUUCGUCGGCAACAAAUGUCACGAAGCGAUGGCAGCAGGGACACUUUGUUGGUGGCGGCACGUUUGGCAAUGUGUAUGCGGCCAUGGAUCUGGACACUGGUCUGCUGAUGGCUGUCAAGGAGAUUCGACUGCAAGAUCCAAAGCUGAUUCCUACGAUUGCGGAACAAAUCCGAGAGGAAAUGGGUGUUUUGGAAGUGCUGGACCACCCGAACAUUGUGCAGUAUCAUGGCAUUGAAGUCCACCGGGACCGGGUCUACAUUUUUAUGGAGUAUUGCUCUGGUGGAUCGCUAGCGAAUCUUCUUGAGCAUGGUCGAAUCGAGGACGAGCAAGUGAUUACGUUUUACGCCUUGCAGCUUUUGGAGGGCCUGGUGUAUCUCCACGAGAGCGGCAUUGCCCACCGAGAUAUCAAACCAGAGAACAUCUUGCUCAACCACAACGGUAUCAUCAAGUACGUUGACUUUGGUGCAGCCAAAAUAAUUGCCCGUCAAGGACGAACAUUGGCAGCGGAUUUACACGCGACGAAGCCGAACAAAUCCAUGACGGGCACUCCAAUGUACAUGUCACCAGAAGUGAUCAAAGGAGAGAACCCGGGUCGAGCGGGAUCCGUGGACAUUUGGUCACUGGGCUGUGUGGUUUUGGAAAUGGCCACCGGACGAAGGCCCUGGGCCAAUUUAGACAACGAAUGGGCCAUCAUGUACAACAUUGCGCAGGGCAACCCUCCACAGUUGCCGACGGCCGACCAAGUCAGCCCACAGGGUCUCGACUUUUUAUCCAAGUGCUUCACGAGGAACCCCAAGGAGAGACCGUCGGCUGUGGAACUCCUCCAGCACGAAUGGAUCAUGGCUGUUCGCAGCCAGGUGGUUGAGCCGAUGACCCCGAGCGAUAGCAGCUCGUCGGCGAUGAUGACGCCGCUGACAGCGAGUUCGAGUAAAGGCAGCUAUGACGGAUGGGACAUGAAGUGA